AUGAAGGGCACGUUCACGACCCCGGCGCUCUUCCUGCUCUCACUGCUGGUCCUAAUCAUCACUCCAACAGCAGUGCACGCCGGCCCUUACACACUCACGACUCCAACAUCCGCAACCCGCUGGACAGCCGGCCAACCCGGCUCCGUCACCCUCCUCUCCACCGACAAAGCCGGAGCGUCCACACAAUCAACCGACAGACUCCUCACCAUCACCCUCCGUGUCGGCAAGGGCGGUCUACUUGGGGGGUCUACCCAAGUCGCUGUUAUCCGCGAUGGGAUUCAACUCUUGGUGCCCUUCAAGGGAACCGAGAAGCAGGUUAAGCUCGACGUGAGCGAUUGGAUGGUUCCUGCCGGUACGGCGGCGGGGGAUAAGUAUUUUGUGCAGAUGGUUAGGAGGAAGGAUGGGUUCUUCGAUAUCCCGGAUAAGGUCGAGAGCGCGUUCUUUCAGAUUGUUGCGGCCCCUGUUACUCCUCCUCCUGUUACUCCUCCUCCAGCCAACACAACAGUCCCAACUCUCCCAACACCAACCCUCAACACCACAACAGUCCUCAUCCCAACACCCACCCCAACCACCCCAAUUCCAACAACACCUACCCUCCCACCUGGUCAGACAUGCGCCGAUAUCCAGGCCCAAUGUGCCGCCAAGAACCUUACCUUCACCGAUACCAAUAGUACGGCUAUUUGCCAGUGCGGGGCGUUGUUGAUUAUGCCCGUUAUUAUUGGUAAUGGUGCUAGUGCAUUUGGUGGUAGUUUGAUAAUGGCGAUUAUGGGGCUGGGUUUGUCGGUUUUGAUGAGCUCCACUUUGUUGUAG